AGAGGAUUUAAGGACGGGUGUAAAGCCUUUUUGUAUUUUUAACAAUGCCCUUAUUUACUCUUUCUUUUUUUUCUUUUGUAUUAAAAAAAGUCUUGAAUGGUAACACUUCGAGAUAUCAUUAAAUCCAUCACUACCUCCGUACGUCAAGCCAAUGCCGACUCGGAAGGGCAGGCCACCAUUGAUGUGAUUGAGUUAUACUUGGAUGAACAAACCAGUGCCAACAUUGGCGAUAGUUCUAACACCUUAGCCCAAGUAGAUACCUCGACUGUAGACAAAUUCUCACAAGAACUUGUGAGUUUAUACGAAACAACUAUCUCUAGCGAACCUGCCACUGCAGCCACCGUUGUGUCCUGUAAAGCUCCCGUCUUGCGUAUCCAUGCUCAACACUAUAUCUUGCUUCGCAGUCUUCGAGAGUUAUUACGACUAUUGAGACCCCAACGCAUAUUCGAGGAUUGGUGGCCACUCUUGAAACCGAUCCUGGCAACAGCUUCAUAUACAAACAAGAUCAAGAAGGAGGCUCGUCUGAUUGUUUCGGACGCAUUGAUUAUGGAACAGCAAUUGGUACGGGAUCAUAAAGAUGCAUGUGUUCAUUUUCAUACCAUGGUCAAAAUGUAUUUGGAAUGGGCCGAGAGUAGCUAUAAACGUCAAGAAGCAGAACGUGACGAAACAAGUCAACAGCAUCAGGCAUUGCUAGAUUUGGAACAGGAUGAAUGGUCAAGGAACUUGACUACUAUUUUAUUAUCCGUUGGUGCUUCAGAAACAAAGCAAUUCUUUCAUUUGUUAGACAUCUACUUUUUAUCAAGCAAGCAUCGUUUACAGAUUGUUUACUUGUUGAGUGAGUUUAUGAGAAGAAGAAGAACUCAUUUGCAUGAAAUACUUGAAACACCUUUAUUUGAAUCCAUGUUAAAAUCAUUGAUGUAUGAUAAUUCGACAACACUCAUUGCGAUUUCAGUUACGAAUUUAAUCAUGCUAUUACCCCGUAUCUGUACAUCGCUUCCUAAAUUCUUACCGCAAUUAUUCUACAUCUUUGCAAGAGCGAUCUGUUGGGACCAGUUGCGAGAUUUACGAAAAAAGCAGAGCUCAGAAGCCUUUGCCUAUGCUUCUCCCAACAGGACUGUGGCCGAUGGAUGGGACUGUGUUGAUUAUACCUUUUCAAAACUAUCAGCACCUCCUUCUAACCCACAAACAGGCCCGUUUUUCACUUCCCUGUACGGUCUAUAUCCCUGUAACUUUCUCAAGUUUUUGCAUAAACCAUACGCUUAUUUCAAGGAAAAUGAGUUUAUGAUACCCGAAGAAUUUGACGAAGAAACAUUUAAAGGCAGAACCAUUCCUCAAGUGACGCGACACAUGUUGCAUCCAAAUUUGGUGGCCAUGGACGCUCAAUCUGAACUUACAGAUAAGACGCGCUGGAUGAAAAUGGAACCACCUGAUGUCAUUGCCCAAAUCAUGGGACUGGAUCUUACAAACGCCGCUUCUCGUGUGGCCUAUACCAUACCAGACGAUGAAGAUGAAGAACAGCUGGAUCUGUUGGAUGAAAGUCUAUGGGACAAAAACAAUGAUACGUCACCCGCCAAACCCGUUUCUAUCAAAUCUCGACCACCACCAUCGCAACAACAACAGCAGGAAGGGGAGGAUGAAGGGGAAGAAUCAAAGCCAGUCAUGAUUACAAAUAUUGUGGCAUUGCAUAAAGCCCUAAAGAGUGGUGCUGAAGUAUUGGUAGGCGAUGAUGUAUGGGAUGCAGGAUUAGAACCCACCAAUACAAACUCAGAUGGAGCAGAUACAACGCAAAACUUGAAAUUAAGUGACAUGUCAUCCGAGACAAAGUUAUUGUUGGCUGCUUUAAAAAGAGAAGUGUUAUUGUUGAGAAACGAGUUGAAUUUCGAAUUGUUCUUGAAACAGCAACAUUUACAACAUAUUGGAAGGCUUCAUCGUGAACAUGUUUUAGAUAGUUCUGUAGAGGCUGAAAGACAACAAUUGUAUAAUACAACUCGUAUGCUCAAGGCACAAUUAAACCAAACCACGUCGGCUUUAGAGAAACUUAAGGCCGAAUCAGCACUCACGAAACAAAAGCAUAUCAAGUGGGAAGACGAACAAUCAGGCAAGUUACGCAACUAUCGUGAAGCCAGACGUGAAUGGCAAAACCAGAUGGCAAACACGGCGCAUCAAGUCAAAGACUAUGAAAAGCAAUUGAAUGAGCAAAAGGUACAAUUGGAUGGAGCUCGUCAAAAGAUUUUUGAGCUGGAAAACGAACUCAAGACAUUGGAACCUACGUUGAGUAAGAUGACGGAGAAUGAACACCGUGUGAAGCAAUUGACACAGCAAAUGUUACUGUGGGAAGAGGAUACGAGUCAUAUGGAGGAACAAAAGAGAUAUAUCAAGGGAUUAUUGUCGCAGUGGUGGAGUAUGGAAGAACUUGUGGCUAGUCUUCAGACUGAAAAUAGACGUCUUCAGGAGGAACAAAUUCAAAAACAAGAAAGCUUGGAGAAACUAAAAGUCGAAUCGAUUAAUUACCAACAAAAAAUCGAAAGUUUUAAUAAAACUUUUAAUAAUGAAAGAGGGUCUGUUGAAACAGAAAGGCUGCAAAAUACCUUGAGUGAAUUGAAAUCGAGGUUGGAGGAAUUAGAGAUUGAGAAAUUAGAAUCGAACGCUGAAUUGGAGGCAUACAAAUAUAAAUCUACCCAAAACGAAUAAAUGUUUCUAUUCUAUGCCCUAAAAUAUAUCUAAUUACCACCAUACAGUGCAGGCUCAAAUAGCGCCUUUUCAAAACUGCUGCAUCUUUGGGAUAUCCUAAUCAAUGUUUUGAGAGUAAUGCCCAAGUUCCAUCCUCGAUUUGCGUUAUCAAUAAGCAUCGAACGUAUAGAAAGAGAGAGAGAGAGAGAGAGAGAAAGCUUGGUUUAUUGGAGAGAUAGUCUGCAUGUAUCGAG